AUGGCGACCCAUUCAGCGUUUUCCAUUGAUCGCGUUAAGAGAACUGUCCAGCUACCAGGACUUCCUGCUGAGGCCAACGAUAUGAAGAUGUUAAUGGCAUCUCUACAAGGUGGUGAGGCUGUAGAGCCAUGGGUUUUAGUACCUGUUAUGACAAAGAGCAGUUCAGCUUCUUUAAGAUUGAAGACAAAGUACCUGGCCCGGGAAUCGCGGUCUGAUCAAACGCGGUACGUGGUUUUUUAG